AUGCCCCCGGCCUGGCUCAGGAUCGACUGCGGCGAGCACGGCAAGGUCCUCGCCGAUCCGACAAAGGAGUACCGCGAGAUCCAGAAGAUCGCCGGCGCCCGCCUAGAAUGUCCGCCCAAAGAGGUACGGCUGUACAUCCAAGAGGCAAACGAGGACCUAUGGGAGGUCGACGAAUCCAUCUGGAGCGCCGCCGCCGGCUCGGGCCAGGUCGUCUUCGCCAAGAGCUCCGCCCCGACCCCCUCGAAGCCCGCACGACACUCGGCGCAGGGCUCAGAGGCAGACGAAGACGAGGUCAGCAUGCAGCUGCUCGAGCCCGAGGAUGACGGUCCCCAGCCUGACUCCGCACCGUCCGAGCCGACGUCCGAGCCGCCCCAGACGAUCCAGCUCAGCAAGAAGCAGCGGAAGCGAUUGCGGCGGGAGAUGGAGGAGGCGGAGCGAAGCGCACAGAGCGCCGAGGCCGGGCCGUCGUCGCACCACCUGCGCAGCGUCCAGACCCGGGCUCCGACACCGGCCCCCGCAGGCUUCGGCAAGAGCGUCGCGCCGCAGCUGCGGCAGGCGACGAGCGCCAACGCCUCGGAGCAGGAGCGCCACGCGUGGAGCAUGCUCAAGUCGAUGGCCGUCGACAGCAAGAGCGGCUCGCGCAAGCACUGGGACGCCAAGACCCACCGCCUCCUCUUCCAGAAGCUCGACGACAUCCUCAAGCGCACGCCCGUCGACCGCACCAAAAAGUACAUUUCGGAGCGCUCGCGCAUCUUUGGCAUCCUCAUGUCCGAGUGGGGCGACAAGGGGACCAAGGGCCAGCUGUUUGUCGGCCGCUCCAAGGACGCGCUCACCACGCGCGUCUCGGGCGUGGUGCGCAUCAGCCGCAGCACGGGCACCCACAUCCCCGAGGCUUUCGACUUUCUCUUCCCACCGACGACGCGCCAGCUGCUCGAGAUGGAGGAGCUGCAGAAGCAGAAGCAGCAAGAGGAGCAGGCGGCGCAGGAAAAGGCGGCCAGAAAGCAGGCCAAGAAGCAGGCCAAGCGGCAGCGCGAGCAGCAGGAGCAAGAGGAGCAGCAGCGACAACAGGCGCAGCAGCAGCGACAACAGCAACGACAGCAGCAGCAGGAGCCGCAACGACCGCAGCAGCAAGCGCCGCAACGACCGCAGCAGCAAGCGCCAACGCAACAUAUGGAGCAAGGCAGACCGCAGCAGGUGCAGAGGCCACGGCAGCAGCAGCAGCAGCGGCAGCAGUCGCAGCGGUCCAGCUCGCCGGCACGGCCCCCGGUCAUCCGCGCAGCAGCAGGCUCAGGGGCAGCUCCAGCAACAGCCCCGGCAAGCAGAAAGCGCAAGGCGGCAUCGCCGGAACCCUCGUCAGACUCAUCCUCGUCGUCGUCGUCCUCUGCAGCGUCGGACGUGUCUGUCGAGACACCGCCCUUGCCUGCUCCGCCGCGGGUCGCCCCGGCGCGCCUGUCGCCGCUGGACCUGACCGCGUCCUCGCCGGUUCCGUCGACGUCUCGAGACGAGGCCGCAACGCGCCGCGAACCGGUCCAGGCGGCCCGUCCGGUGGCACCCGAGCUGCUGAGCCGUCGAUCCGACUUUGCCUCCCAUGACCGUGGCGGGCACGGGCAGCAGCAGCAGCAGCAGCGGGAGAAUCGGCGCAGGCCCAUGACCGAACCCCCAGUCGACUCGCCGAAUCGGAGCCGACUGCCGCCCAGGCCACCGGGUCUGCCACCACGGCCGCUGCCCAUCUUUGGCUCCUCGGCCAACUUUGUGCCUCUGGGCCCGUCGCAGCCGCAGCCGCUGCCGCGCGCGCCCUCUGCCUUCCCAUCUUGGCGCCUCGACGAUAGGCCCUCGACGUUGCCGCGCCGGCCUCUCGAUCAGGGUUCACCGUCCCAGCAUCCUCGCCAGGGGGGCACGCCGUCGCGCAACCUCCGCAGUCGACCCUCUCCGGGGCCCUACGACCGGCCGUCACCAUCCGGGCACCAACGCCGACGUACGCCGCGAGGCCGCCGCGAGCAGCCUAACGAUCAUGGAGACCACCGCGGCUCUGGCGACAGUCGAUGUGCCUACGACUCGAGGGACUCGCAGCAGCCUUUUCGGGGCUCGCGGGACAGGCGCCCCUCGUCGGCGUCUUCGCGUACCUACAGUCCGCACCUGUCGAGCUCCUCGCAGCCGAACCACAAUCCGCCAUCGGCAUCCCGUCCCACGCCGCGCUCUGGCUCUCGACCCUCGUCGCCGCCGCGGGGGCAUCGAUCCGCCCCGGAUUCCCGCGGGCAGCAGAAUGGCGGACAACCGCGGCACAUGGUGUGGACGAGGAAGGAGGAACAGCCCGACCCGGGUCCAGCAACCGCCCCCGCACCGUCGGUCGCUGAGGCCGAGAGUCGGCCGCUCCGCGCAUCUAGCCCCCCGCCGCUCGUCAAGACCGAGGACGAACGGGCCCACGCUCGGUGGGCGUGA